CGAGGAAGCGUUUACUUGGCGCUUGGACCCGCCUCUCGCCCAAUCAGCGCGCUCUGCGGUGGGCGCGACGGUGACGUCAGCCGUUUCAUGGUAUCGUCGGCACGCAGCUGGUGUCGUGUGUCUGUGGUCAGUAGCGGAGCGGACGAUGCAGGAUUCGGCUGUUCUUUAAUAAUCCGGCAGAUUUUGACCCAGCCUGACUGUAAGUUCUGGGUUUUAAUCGAGUAUAACAGGUUGGCUGGGUUUUAUUUAUUUUUUUGUGUGUGGCGCAUUAGAAGCAUGCGGUCCCUUUAAUUGUCUCUGGGAUGUCCAUGGCGGUCCGUUAGCUGGUGCCAGGCUGGCUGUGACAACUCCAUGAGUAGCACUGAGCUGCCCGAGCUUGUAUUUAAACAUGUGUUAUCAUAGGGUGACAGUGCUGGCUCUGGGAUCGGCAUGCUGAUACUAGCCACAGUGACCCCCGGCUAGCCAUGGCGGUGACCCCCGGCUAGCCAUGGCGGUGACCCCCGGCUAGCCAUGGCGGUGACCCCCGGCUGUAGCCAUGGUGACCCCCCGGCUAGCCAUGGCGGUGACCCCCGGCUAGCCAUGGCGGUGACCCCCGGCUAGCCAUGGCGGUGACCCCCCCCCCGGCUAGCCAUGGCGGUGACCCUGGCCUUACCGGAUAGCUUGGGCAAAAGACUCAUCCAGCUAGCCUCUUGUUACCUGGUAAUACAUUCAUUAUGUCCCCUUUUAACCUGGCACUAGGCUUAUUUUUCUUACCUUUUUAAAAUGUCCUUUGGCUUUUAACCAGCUGCUAGGCUAUCAUGCUGACCUUUUUAAAUUGAUACUACCAUCCUCAUGCUUGCCUUUAUCGCCUGGCACUAGUUAAGCUGACCCAUAAACUUGAUAAGUUUGAUUAUGAUGGUCCUCUAACAUAGUAGCAACUGAUAGGCAUGAGAUCUGCCCAAAAAGGAGGGCGGAAGGUGUGUGUGUGUGUGUAUGUAUGUGUGUGUGUAUAUAUAUAUAUAUAUAUAUAUAUAUAUAUAUAUAUAUAUAUAUAUAUAUAUAUAUAUAUAUAUAUAGUAUUUUUAGUUAAAAAGCAUCUCCAAAUGUUUUUAGUAAUAUGUAAACGUGGAUAUCUCAUGGUAAAUGUAUAACAUUUCUGCUUUACGUGCUCUUGAAAGUGUUCGUGAGUAGUCAUUGUCAUGUGUCCUUCCUGCUAAAACAGUUAAUAAAUACAUAUGUCUACAAGUACUAAGUUCACAUCCUGCAUUUAAGAAGUAUUGCGAAAUGUGAAGCAGUGCUAGCUCAGCAAUAACCGCCUCAAAUUAUUAAUAAUUAGUAUGACCCCACCUUUUUCAGGUCUUAACUCAAAAUGGCAGAAUUUGUGAGCUUUUAUUUAAGGAUGUUCCUAAAAGGUGAAUUUUUCAAGCAGGUAUACCACACAUAUUGCUCUUUUUGAUCUCCACAAAUAAGUUAAUAGGUGAUUGUGUGUGUGUGUGUGUGUGUGUAUAUGUAGGUAUAUAGUAUGCUGCAUGUACGUAUUGGAAGCUACACCUUAAUAAUAACCUACUCUUUACCAGCAAUAGAGAAAUAUGGAAAACGAAUAUGUUAAUGAUUCUGUUCAUGCAUACUGGAGUGGGGCUAUAUUGGGUUUUGGCAGCAUAUUAUCAUAGUUUUAGCCAAUAAAGUAAGUGCUUGUCAAAUGCUGAAGCUAAUAUUUUUACAGCUGGAAGAUUCAUCAUACACACGUAGUCACUAAUCAUAAAUUUAUUGAGGUUAGACAACUUUAUCGAACACCCCCAGUGGACACAUCCCAACAGUACUUAUUUUACCAAUUAAAUACUGGCAUGUUUGUUUAACCCCUUAAGGACCAAACUUCUGGAAUAAAAGGGAAUCAUGACAUGUCAUGUGUCCUUAAGGGGUUAAAGUAAUUUAGAUUCCGCUGCUCCCAAAUGUGUCUAUGCUGCAAAGUAAUAGGGCAUGUAUACAUAUAGAAGUUUGUUCAUUAAACUUGUUAUUGAUAAAGGAAUUGCAAAUUUAGGCUAAAAUAUCAAAAUUUGAAGAACUUUAUAUAUUCAAUAAACCACAAUAUAUAAAGAAAGCAGCUGAAUUAUCAUUGCAGCAUAUGCAGAAGCUCGAGAUCUGACACCAUUUUAUUUUUAGUGAUGACAUUUUAGACUUGGAUGGCUUAGUGUCUUGGCUGGGAUUUUUUUAAAGUUUUUUUUGUUUGUGGUUAUUCCAACAUGCCUGUACACACAGACCCAUUUUAAAAUGUUUUAAAAAUUGUGUGUGUGUAUGUAUAUAUCUCUAUCUAUCUAGUUUUCACUUUUUGGUUGACCAUUUAAUUUUGAAGUGCACAUAAAUGCCUCCUUUCUAGUUCAUAAAAUAUAUACAUAUCUAUCUCUGAAACAAUUAAAAAAUCUAGUGAACAUUAUACAGAGUAUCUGUCACGCUGUAGUCAUCAGGUGUAGUAUAUCUUGAGUUGAUGGUCAGAACCGUUGGAAUGGUAUCAGGCAUUAUGGACACGCAGGUCCAAACAGCAGUAUUAAGACGGACAAAUCAUACAUUGGCAUUCAGUUAAACAUACAGCUCAGAUGCGGGGAUAUCGGAAUCCCUCCAUACAUCUUUCAGAGACAAAGGCAGUGAAACUAUAAAGUCAGGCUGGUUUUCCCAGUAAAUGGUCCGUCUACAGACCGCUGCUAAGAUCCAAUGCCAGGUGUAGGAACUCACUGGAAUGUAAUGUGUGAUGCGGAGUAUCUCAUAGUCACUAGUCAUUUAGCGUAUAGUUCUAGUGCACCUGCCAGUGUAGUUGGUGCAGAUACUUUUUUUUUUGUAAAGAAGACGAGAAGGAUGAAAUCUGAGCAAAGGAUCCGAGAGUGUUAAAGAGGAAUAAAAGAUACAGCAAUCUGCAUUCUCCUGCAGGGAAAGCCUGGAAGCUGAGGAUGUCCCCCCUGAUGACUAGCGGGGCUAUGGUAAAUUUUCAAACUGUACUAAAAUGGUUUGGCUAUUUACAGAGGGAUUGCACCAGGGGUCUGGAGUGGUUAUAGUGCUUGGAAUGUUCUUUCAAGAAAACUUGGGUUGUGUGAGAAUACUGUUGCAGUUGCAUGACCGUGACAAGUGGUAAUUACAUUUUUCUUUCAACAAUUGUUCCUUCUUAGUGUUGAAUAUGUGUGGUUGUCAUGGUAUAAUCAUAGCAAACUAUUCUAAGCCUCUGGCAAUCAACUUACACAAAAAAAGAUAAUUACAAUUCUAUGCAUAUAACAUUUGUUUGUCAUUCCCAGUUGACCAUUGUUCUGAAUGAGAAAAUGCACCCAGUCUUGGAUUAUAUUGGCAUGUACUAUGUAUUUAACAUUAAAUGCCAUUGUAUUUUAGUGCAUGCUCCAGGCUGAAAUGAACAGGCUGGCUACCUCUGACAGUCUUUUUUUACAAAUCUGACGUUGGUUCCUCUGUUAUGUCGGCAUUUAAGGGAAGAGUAUCAAUGGAAAUGAUAUUGGCAAGCAAAGCCUCCUUUGGACUGUUUGUCUAAUUGAGGCAGCUCUCUGAUUCUAUAAGGGUGCAUCUUUGCUCGCCAUUUUUGAUGCUUUAUUCAGACAAUCUUUGGGGGCAAACAACCCUCAAGGGAGCUCCUUUUAUGAAUGUGUUGACUCUCUCAUUAGCAUCCUAUUUACUUCUCUUGCUAUUGGUUGUAUUAUAGACAUGUGAGGAUGACUUCAUUAUUGUUUUGUUUUUGCAGUUAUUGUGCCAACCUUUUGUAUUUAACUUUAUCUCUAUGAAAACAAUAAUAAUCAGUCUUGCAACGUCGCAGGAGCAAGGUUGUCGUAUGAAUCCUAUAAGCUACAAGGCACAUGAUAUUACUGCACAUUUUUAGGAAAAUAUCUACAAACACGUGCUAGGCAAACAUGUCAAUAGUGUAUUAGGAUAGAUUGCCUUGACAUGGAGAUAGUUAUAAUAAAAAAAAUUGUAAAACUAGAAAACAAAAUAACAUGUCAGCCGAGUAUGAAGAAGUUAGUAAACCUAGCUAGACAAACUGACAUUAUAAUGAGCAGUAAUGCCACCGGGUAUGAUGUAGUGAUCAAAUAAAUAGCUUCAAACAAAUAUAAAACAACCACAUGAGCGCAAGUCAAUUAAUUAGGAACCAUGAUAGUGCAAGUGGAGCAAAGGUCAGCUGCGAUCAUCCUAUUCAGCAAGUGUUGCCCGCUCCAGCUGUCACAAGCAGAAAGUCUCACUCCACACAGUGCUGUCACAAAACUAUCUUGACUAUGUUGCUGCCUGGUGUGCAUUAGCCCAUAAAGUGCCAGGUCUCCGUCACUAGAACCCCAGGCCUUAAUGGUAGCCAGUGCCUUAUGUUCAUAGAUCUUCCACCCCAGGGGGUAACAGGGCUGUCACUGCUCAAUAUCAAGAGGUGUGCCUUUUAUCAGAAGAUCUGCUGCUUCCCCCAACCAUACAUGUUCCUGUCUCCGAUUCUGAUGUGGAGGAUAAUGAACUCUCCUCUAACCUGGGUCAAAAGGAUGCACUUGGCAUUACCAACAUCAGCCUGUAGCCUAGGAUUAUAUUUUGCAGAAUUAUCUGUGAGAAUGUGUCUGGCCAUGCUGAAUACCAAGCCCCACCCCUGUUUAUUUUUUAACCACAGCUCCCCCCCCACUCCUCAACUUAAAAGCGAAACGCUCAACCUUAAAGGACCACUAUAGUGCCCUGAGGGUGCCCCCACCCUCAGGGUCCCCUUCCCACCCGGCUCUGGAAGGGGGAAAGGGGUUAAAUCUUACCUUUUUCCAGCGCUGGGCGGGGAGCUCUCCUCCUCCGUUCCGCCCCGUCGGCUGAAUGCGCACGCGCGGCAAGAGCUGCGCGCGCAUUCAGCAGGUCACAUAGGAAAGCAUUCAUAAUGCUUUCCUAUGGACGCUGGCGUGCUCUCACUGUGAAAAUCACAGUGAGAAGCACGCAAGCGACUCUAGUGGCUGUCAAUGUUCUCUGAAACUGCUAUGUUUAUUAAAAAAUGGGUUAACCAUAGCUGGACCAGGCACCCAGACCACUUCAUUAAGCUGAAGUGGUCUGGGUGCCUAGAGUGGUCCUUUAAGAAAACAAAACAAAAUCUGUAAGCUGUUGAUUAUUUAUAAAAAAAAAAAAAAAAAAAUUUCUUGAAUUUCUCAGAAAUUGACUUUACCUCACUUGAUGUUGUGCAUUGCAGUGAUUGCUGUCAAACAUAUGCAUAUAAUUUGAUCAACCGUUAUUCUCAAUUAAUUCAUCUUUUCCUGGCUGUAAAUUAAAAGGGUUUUUGCUCCAAAAUGUUGCAUGCUUUGUCCACCCCUGACACUAUUUUAUAAAAACAUGACUUUUUGUUUUUUAUGGCUCCUGUCUUUACAGGACCUACAGUUAACUAGUUGCAACUCCAGAUUAAUCAGGCGUGUGCAUAUGUGGGUGUUUGCAUAUCAUGUAAUAUUUGCUAAGUGUGUAGGUCACCUUGCUAGCACGCACCUUACAUUUACCUGCGUAUCUCAGAAUAUGGCUCAGAAAUGCAGCUUUAGGGUGUACACUGAAAACUCACACCCGCCAAUCUGGUUACUUCAAGGUGUCAGUAGGCCUAUUUAAUGACCUUGAAUUGCAUUCCAUGAGCCCCUUAUCAGCACAAUUUCAUAGAUGCAAAUUGCAAGCCAUUUGGAAUAUACAGGAAUGUGGUUCUCUCCACCAAUCAUUGAAAAGGGAAAUGCCCUUCACAUACAAAUUAACUCCAGGAAAUUUUUGUUCUUUUCAUUCCUGUGAAAGCCUUGCAGAUUAAAAGUUUUUGCAGUAUAUUUAAGGGGAAGUAACAUUUUUCUGGUGGUGCAUGUUCCUUUUUCACUCACUGCCAAAAGUGCUUUUAGUGUGAGGAGUGCAGCAGAGGGAGGUAUGAAACCGCACAUUCACAGCUUUGUGUUUGUACACAAUGCAUUAUGAAGGCAAAUCAUUUUGCAUUUAAUGCACAGGUAACUAUAUAGUUUUGAAAAAGCUUAGAUGACAAAAUUUACUUUUCAUAGUGAUUUUCUUUUUUUUUUUCUUCUUCAUGGUUGUUUUGCAAUAGUUAACUUCAAUCAGUUGUGGUCAACUCUUAUAAGUCCUUGUUGUCUAAACACAGAACAGUCUUUAGGUUCAUAAUGGUUAUCAAUAGCUGCAGGCUGUUUUUGGAAUAUCAGGACUAUUUAUUGUUUAAAUAGCGAGCACUGGAAAUUUCCUUUUCAGCUGCCGCAUACAGAGAUUUAGGGCUAGGCAACGUGGGAGCACGCUGACAUACAAGCACUUGUGUAGUUUGUCCCUGUUUUGUGUUGGUCAUUGUCUUCCUUUGGCAGCAUAAUGACCUACAUUAUUCAUAUACAUGUGAAAUGCUUUCAUUCACCUAGUGUGUGUGUGUGUGUGUGUGUGUGUGUGUGUGUGUGUGUAUAUAUAUAUAUAUAUAUAUAUAUAUAUAUAUAUAUAUAUAUAUAUAUAUAUAUAUAUAUAUAUAUAUAUAUAUGUGUGUGUGUGUGUGUGUGUGUGUGUGUGUGUGUGUGUGUGUGUGUGUGUAUAUAUAUAUAUAUAUAUAUAUAUAUAUAUUACACAAGAUCCAGCGCACUCACCUAUCCACUAAACAGCAACUUCAAUGUUGAAAGAUUUUAUUUGUUUUUUUUAAAACACCUAAUCUAGGCAAAAAUAAUGGGGGUUUAGUUACAUUAUAUGAUCAUACAUUGCAUAAGCCUGCCACAACGUCAAUGUACCCCAUCUUUGGCAGGUCCUACACUAACAGCCUAAUGUCUGCUCUUAUGAGAUUAACCUACUUGGGGAAAGAAAUUCCAUCUGGGGCUCUCUGCAGUACAAGGCUAAAUAGGGCCCUGGGAUGAGGCACCUGUGACAGGGAGGGGUGCAAAACCAAGGAGUUGGCUAGACUCCCAAAUAUAUAUAAAAAAGAGGGGGUUGGCUGCACUCACCUUAACAUGCAUAAAUGGGGGUGCUGCUGGGGGCCAAAUAAUACAAUACACAAGAUCCAGCGCACUCACCUAUCCACUAAACAGCAACUUAAAUGUUGAAAGAUUUUAUUUCUUUUUUUUAAAACACCUAAUCUAGGCAAAAAUAAUGGGGGUUUAGUUACAUUAUAUGAUCAUACAUUGCAUAAGCCUGCCACAAAAAAACAAAUAAAAUCUUUCAACAUUGAAGUUGCUGUUUAGUGGAUAGGUGAGUGCGCUGGAUCUUGUGUAUUGUAUUAUUUGGCCCCCAGCAGCACCCCCAUUUAUGCAUGUUAAGGUGAGUGCAGCCAACUAUAUAUAUAUUUAUAUUAUUAUUAUUUUUUUUUUUUUUUGUAUGGUUCUGUUUUUUUUCCAGUUGCAUAACUCUGGGGAAUACAUUGGCUCUUUAGAAAUGCCAGUAAUGAAUGUUUAAAUGGACACUAUAGGCACCCACACCACUUAAUCUCAAUGGCGUUUUAGUCCUGCAGUCCAAAACAUUGCAUUAGAUUAAUGCAGUGCUAAUUACCUAAUGUCUAGUGGAUGUCUUCAAAGUUAUUCUGUUAUGGGAAGUUGGAAGCAUUUGAUUAGGUGUGCAUGAGCUUCUAGUCCCAAUGCAUGCUUGUCUAUGAGAAAGUUUAGAUUGUACGAAAAGCCAGGAAGUGACACCCAGGAUGUCAUCACAGGAGGAGUAAUGGUUGGCAGCACCUAGUGAGUUUCUGCGCUGUAAAAAAAAAAAAAAAAAAAAAAAUUUUUUUCUAAAUGGCGAGGAGACACUACAGUGUUGUGAAUAUAUAUUUUGUAUUGCUCAUGUUAGUGUUAUUUUAAGUCACGUGCAAAAACAGAAAACCGCAAAAUGCUCUGGAAAGUUGAUUCUUUAAAGACCUAAAGUUUGGGGCGUGGCCUGACCGUGAAGGAAGCUGGACGCGUCUGACUAGAGCUCCGCUCCAUUCACGCUACAGUUAGCUUACAAAAGCACUAACAACGAACAAAAAACAAAAUAUGGAUAAAAGAAACCCUAAGAAAUCGAACAAAAAGGGCCAGGAAGGCGGAAACACCGUGAUGGGCCUUUUUGCGGUGCAAAAAGCCGGACAACAUGAGACCCAAGAUGGCGCCGGUGAGGGCCUCUCCUCCCGGCCGCCCUCUCCGCACACAUCCCCACCCGGAGACACAUCCUCAGGGGAUGCAACCCAGAUACUGGCAGAGGUGAGUGCAUACCUGGCCAGGGAAAUUGUAAAAUCUACGUCAGUCCUACAGGCCGAGAUACAUGUGCUGGGAGCGCACUCACCGCCUGGAGACCAGACUGGAAACUACCACCGCAGCCCACAAUGCGAUGGUCUCCCAAGUAGAUAACCUAUCGAGCCGCAUGGCGGACACCGAACUGUAUAUGGAGGAUAUGGCUAACAGGUCGCGGCGCAAUAAUAUCCGCCUGCGAGGCCUACCUGAGGCGGAUAACAAAGGCCCCAUCCGAGACCUGGUGCUGGAGGUGUUGAGGCCUCUGUUACCUGACAUACCGGCCGAACAGUGGUCGAUAGAGAGGGCACAAAGUCCCUACGCAACAAGAGACCGGACGCUGUGUUCCCAAGAGAUGUAGUCGUCCGUUUUCUACACUUCCAAACUAAAGAGGCCCUGCUCGAGGGGUAGAGAUGGCCCCAUACAACACAGAGGUGCUGAAAUACACCUGUACCAGGCCUUGACGCCGGGAAUGGAAGCCCAUUACAGAGGCAUUACGCUGGGCAGGAAACCGCUACGCAUGGGGGUUCCCCUUCAAGCUUCUGGCCUUCAAAGAUGGCCGCACGACCGUGCUCUCACCCAGCGGAGACCCACACCAGCUGUUCCGGAGUCUGGGACUCCCGCCCCCUCUCAACCUACCGGCGGUACCCUCAACACCGGAGGGACUGACGACUCUACCCACAGAAUGGCAUGAAGUCGGAGACGGGAGAAGGUGACAACAAUGAAGGGUAUCAUGAAUAGGGGCCGAGGCUGAUGGCAGCAAACCUGGGGCCUGCUCAGAAUAGCCGAUGGGGGGUUGGAGGGGCACGGGGACCUUUUUUCUCCCAGAUUGGCCGGCCAAAUUCCCACGCACGUGGGUUACCUUGGAAACCCUCAGGGUGGACGACGGGAGGGGAGCCUCUGCGGCUAUUGAUGGCUGGGGUGUGGGGUAGGGGUACUUCGAGCUCGCUGACAGCCUACCGGCACCCACUUCUGAGGCCUCUGGGCCCUCCAACGGACACUGACGCUGAUCCUGCUUUUAGCAUGCAAAUUGAUGAGCUGCAGGGACAUGGGGGAGCUUGGCUUGGUCUGUAGCGGAAUGGGACUGGUAUUUGCGCUACUAAUACCUCACUCCAAGGGGGUGCCGACUGCGCAUUCAUGAGCCUAGACAGGCUGCCGGACACAUCUCCCGUCGACUCCCUCCGUACAUAUUGACCCCCCAUGACAUAGACGAGCCACAAUAUCACACAACCAAAGAGGGCCCACGCAUUCCUUCACAUACGCUACCGACAUACUACAUACACCUACAUCCACAUGACCCAACACACACACGCAUCAGGACACCAAGCGGAAGCACCUGAUGACCUUUCGCACACUACCCUACCUGCCAGGUCGGAGUAGGGGUCCCCACCCGAGACUGGCACAAAUUAACUAGCCAACAACCAAGUCACAUUACAAAUUUACAGGAGAUUACACCCUGGGGAUGGUGUUCCAUGUAACAUGAGGGUACCACCCCAACGCUUAUAUAGCCACCCUGCAUAGCAAUUACUCUGGGCCCAAUCUGAUGCUGAAGCUGUCGGUCCCUAAACCUAAUCCGAGUCUACCAAGGUUUCUAUCGAAAUGUUUGAUUGUUUCAUCAAAUAUGCACAGUAUUGUCUACAUGGUUUUGAGAGUACCGAAUCAAAAUGCCUGACCCUCCUGUGAGGCGCGCGGUCUGCACGCGCCCACGGAGAGCUGCAGGCAUCACGUUGUUGGCAUUAAGAUGCGUAGCGUGACAUAGUCAUGGCUCAUGGACCUACAUCUCACACUCGCGCUGGACGCGGUGGUGGUGCCGGUCCAUGUACCCCUACAAAGUCUGGCGGAUGGUAAGACCAGGCAGAGGUUACUUAGUUCUAGGCGUGCCUAUGGCACGCUCUUCUCCUUUCUAUGCUCUUUUCUCCCUUCCCUCUUCUCUUUUCUUUUGGGACGACACUGGGGGGGGGGGGAUGGGCGACUAAUGGGGGGCGAUUGACUAUUGAACAAAACACGACCAGGGCAGUCAGAGCAGAGGUGGGCGUGUUGCCCGGCAGGCCCCCCCAACAAUACCCAUGGAGAUAAAUCACACUCACUAAAAGUGAAGGGCCUGAAUGCCCCUAGAAAGCGGCACCUAACGUUCCGUGAGCUAAAAAGAAUGGAAAAAGAUAUUGCAUUCUUGCAGGAGACCCACCUCCCAAAACAUGUACAAUUUAAACUGCAAGACCACACAUAUGGCUCCACACACGAGGCCAGGGCACACAGGAAGUGCAACGGCGUAGCGAUAUUGAUACGUAAUAGUUGCCCUUUUCAAGUCUCAAACUGAAAUCGACCUGGACGGGCGAUAAAUCAUCCUCUCUGGCACUCUUUACUCACACACGGUCCACCUCAUCAACAUAUACGCACCUAACCAACCGGAACAGAGAUUCUGGGAUCAGAUACAGGACAGGGUGCGGUCUUUGCCGCGCGGUAUGGUGGUAAUGGGGGGGACUUCAACGCAGUGUCGUGUCCCGCCGUCGACAGGUGUGCUCACAGAGGGAUCCUGAGAUCCCAGGGUAGAGGGGGACAAGACAAACUACUACACGAGUUCAUAACAAGCACGGGUUUAAUAGACAUAUGGAGGGCGCACCAUCCAGGGGAGGUUGACUACACCUUUCACUCCGCACCACACGACACAUACUCCAGGAUAGAUAUGUUCCUGGUUAACGACUGUACCCUGGCUCGGGUUCAGAAAUCAUCGGUGGGCUCGAUAACGUGGUCCGACCACGCUGACGCUAGGAAAACUCUGCGCCGCGACCCCUUGGGCAUGGAGACUGAACACAUCCCUACUGAGAGACGCUGACAUCACUAAACAAAUACACAAAGAGCUGAGUACUUUACUCUUAAUGAUUGUCCGGACUGGAAGGCAAGCACCACUUGGGCGGCCCACAAGGCCGUAAUUAGGGUGGCUUUCAUUCGCCUCGCGAUCAAAAAGAAAAAACUAAAAUCCCAAACAUUAGAAAGACUUCUGUCAGAGUUACAGGCUCUAGAGCAGACACAUCGAGCCAACACAGACAGAGAAACGUUCCAACGCCUAGCAGAGGUGAGACAUAAUAUCCGAACCCUACUGAUAGAGGACACGGCCAAGGCCAUGACGUACACAAGACGUACAUUCUAUGAAAAGGCCAAUAAGACUAACACUUUCUUAGCCAGGACCCCAAACCCCAGACAAAGGCGCGCACACACAUCACUUCGAUUCGGCACCCAGACGGAACCAUAAAAACCACCCCGACAGAUGUGGCCUCAGUAUUCACUGACUUCUAUAAAAAGCUAUAUAACCACUCACCAGGGAGAUAGGGACACGGAAGAGGGACAGAUUCAGAGCUACCUGAAAGAACUAGGCCUCCCUAAACUGCCGCAAGAAGCAAUAAACACCUUAGCAGCUGAAAUAACAGAAGAUGAGAGAGACCAAGCCAUCACAGCUCUUAAGGGGAAUAAGGCCUCCGGGCCAGAUGGCUUCAAUGGGGGAUAUUAUAAAACGUUCCGUGAAGUCCUCACUUCCUACCUGCUCAAACUAUUUCAAGAAUUAAGGGAAGGGGGAACACCCGAUAGACAUGUCCCUGGCCACCAUAGUGCUACUACCUAAACCCGAGAAGGACUCGCUCCUACCAGCGAGCUAUAGACCCAUAUCAUUAAUCAAUCACGACAUGAACAUAUUGGCAAAACUGCAGGCGACCAGAUUAAACCUCCUCCUAGCGACACUUGUAGAUGGUGACCAAUUCGACUUUAUCCCGGGGAGACAGUUGUUUGAAAACACACGCCGUAACAUCGCCCCAAUAUGGAGACAGGUCACUGCACGCACGCCCACACUGGUGGUCUCCCUUGACGCCGAAAAAGCCUUCAAUAGGGUCAAAUGGCCAUACCUAUUCGCUGUAUUGGAGCACUUUGGGAUACCCAAGGAGUAUAUCACCCUCAUACGAGGCAUGUAUAGUAACGUCCGUGCCCAGAUACAAGUUGCGGGAGCCCCCUCCAACCCUUUAGGCUACACAACGGCAUGAGACAGGGAUGCCCCUUAUCCCCACUCUUAUUCUGUUGCUUGAACCACUGCUACAAACCCUGCGACGACACCCUGGAGUGAGAGGAGUGACUGUAGGAGGACAAGAGUUCCUAGUCUCUGCAUACGCAGACGACAUGCUCCUGACACUGACGAGCCCAACGGAAUCAAUGAUCGUUCUAAAUGAGAUCCUGCAGAACUAUGGAGCACUCUCAGGAUACGUGGUCAACAUGACAAAGUCUAGCGCUCUCCCACUGGGACUGGCAGCAGCGGACACCGCAGCGAUCAGAGACAGGCACACUAUACACAUAGAACACUCAUCUUUCAAGUACCUAGGGAUACACCUGACAGCUGCCCCGGACAAGGUAUUCCAGCAUAAUUACAUCCCCCUAAUCCAAACGCUGGUGAAGGAUUUAGAUCAAUGGCUGAACAAACCCAUAUCAUGGAUUGGAAGAAUUCAUUCUGCUAAAAUGAAUGGCCUGCCGCGCAUUCUCUUCCUGUUUCAGGCACUACCAAUACGCGUUAACAAGGCCCAAUUGCUCCCUCUCCAGAGAGGGCAAUAUGUGCAUUCAACUGGCAGAACAAAAGACAUAGGAUCUCCAGACAGGUUCUAUAAAGACCCAAACCUAGAGGCGGCCUGGGGCUUCCCUUCCUAUACUAUUACUAUUUAGCAGCCCAAUUAACACAAGUAGCAAUGUGGCACUCACCCCCGGGAGACAGAAAAUGGGUUGAUAUAGAAUCGCUCAUGGUAGGGGCCGAUCUACCACAAUUCGCAAUGUGGGUACCAAAAGAAAACAGAUCCAUCCUUAGAGUUGCCUACCCAACAAUCCUCAACUCCUUAAGAAUCUGGGACUCCUCCCACAUAAAACACAAACUAGCUUCCUCACCUUCCCCCCCCCCCUCAUGCCAUAUCUACAAAAUAGAACCUUCCCCCCCCGGGACUUCAGAAACAUAGAACAGACAGGCAUCCAGAGAAUAUGCCAUUUGUACCAGGGCACUGAGUUCAUUGGCUUCGAAGGCUUUGCUAGUCCAGGAGGCAGGACUGGUAGAUGAUGUUAGAGUAUCUGACAUAGAAAAUAGCUGGUGUACAAUACAGUGGGCAUCUGCUGAUACCCUCGAGUAGCGGCGGAUGCCCCACCCUUACGCUAUGGAAAGCUCAUGGUCAUGAGAAGUUAUCACUGCAUACAUAAACGCAUGUCUGGUAUACUGGCAAUGUCAAUCUUACUCCAAAACUCAUUGACGACCGGCCAAAUUGUAAUUACUUGUGUAGAAUAUGCAUUGUUCAAAGGCAUGUUGCCUUUCCCUUUUCACUAACAUGGGAUAUUAUAUUGCACUAUAACUGACUUUUGCACAAGUCAUGUGGCUACUGUUAUGUUCGCUGACUCUGUCAAGAUAAUAAAAUAAAAAUAAAGACCUAAAGUUACUCGUCCAUUCAUUCUUACAUUUCCGCAGAAUUCUUUAUUUUAACCCAGUGGCAGAUUGUUAGACUAGUGGAAAUUCCCAGCCUGCUGCUUAAAACCAGUUGAGUUGCGUGAGAUCAUGUCUAAAUAGCAUAUUAAAAUGGUACAAAUAAGAGCUAUAGAGUUGUAUUUUUUUUUUUUUCCCUCUCUUCUUCAAACUGUGAAAUACAGUAAAUAGUGGAUGAUGGAAAUCUAAGACUUCCUACUGCUACAUUUUGUAAUUUAUUUUCAAAUUUAUAGCAAUUCAUUGUUUAGUAAAUUAAUCCCAGAUUUCUUUCAUUGCAGAUUAAAACCUGGGACAAUUUGUGGUAUUGUAGAACACAUUUUAUUGUGACUGUGUGUUUGUUCUGUGAGCUGUAAUUUUAAGCAUAUUUAAAGCUGGCUUGGUCAGUGUUCAAAGGCUAAGCCUUGAAACCGGGUUUUAAAACUUAUCCUGGCUAUGCAAAUGGUAAUGUGCUCCUAGUAUAUGUAUCGUUGCAAUGAAUCUUCACCAUACUGGAUGUAAAUGGCUGUCCAUUGUGCAGGCAGCCGCAUGGUGACUCAGAGGCCUUGGCUGUAGCUGGGUAGCACUGUGAUUGCAAGCCAUCCGUUAUCCUCUCUUCCUAUUGUUUCUGCGUGAAGCCAAACAGAAGCUGGGUUUCAAGGGGAGGGAUAUAGUGUAUUCCUAUCCAAUAUACAAGUGGUUGCUACCUGCGAUAAUUUACAACUCAGCUGGAUGGUUCUCCUGUGUGCAGCUUUGGUGGCUGGAGCAAGUCUUAGAGGUUUGACCUAUUUAACAGUAUGAUUCUUUAAAGAGUCGCUGCUAUUAUUUAGAUUGUAAACUCCUCUGUUUCAACAGUUGUAAGGCUAGCAGAGCACUGUAGCAGUUACUGUACAAUAUUGAUUUACUUUUUUGACCACCCUGCUAUAUAUUAAUACCAAUGUAGAGUUUUAUUUGUGUUUUAGGGAUGUCUUUCAUAGGACUUUGUAAAGCUAGUUCGUGUCUUUUUUUUUUUUUCACACCAUGGGCUGUGACCAUUGUUUCAUUGAUCUCUUAUGCAUGUGGCAAUAGCUCGACAAACAUUUUGCUUGUCGAGUGACUGAUCUCCCCUGUAUUCUGACAUAUAUACUAAUAAAAUGUUAGAAACAUACCUUCAUUACGCUGUUAAAUGUCAUAGAUUUCACCAUUGUACUGAUUGUGGAGAGUUGCUUGUGACUCGAUUAGACAUAAGUUUCUUUCAAUAAGUGUGGAUCAACUAACACAGAUUGAAUGUCAAUUUGUGAAUCCCAAUCCAUUAUAUGACAACUUUCUUAUAACAUUUUUGUUUAUAAAAGUGCAGUGUUAUGUGAUAGUUGAUAGUGGAUGUUGAAGUCACAUUUUAUUGAGGAAGUGACUCAUUUUUUUUUGCAAAGGUGUUAGAUAUGCAUUGUGUGGUUGGAGUUUACAUUAAUCUUUUCAAACAAGGAUGUCAUCAUUUACAUGGUUGUAUUGAUAAGAGACCUUUCAAUGUAAUAUUUCUGAACGGAUUUCCUUAGAGGUACAUUGUUUGUCUCUCUUAUAGAAUCCUUGAUCUUGUAGCUGUCCUGAGCCAAACCAAUUUGCAACACAGUCCUGGUGUUAGUGUACACCAGGGAACCUUCCCCAGAAAGAGUAGUGCGAGCAUAUUAUACAUGUUACGCUAAGGGCACUGAACAUGCGACCAUGCUCUCUGCUUUGUCAGCCUGCAGUUGGCUGGCCUGGAUUGUUGACAGGCAGCAAACUCCUAUGAUAUCUUUCUAUUUCAGAUACAUUAUAGUCCAAAGGUUCUUCAUGAAAUAUGCAAGCGCUAAAUUUUUUUUUUUGUAAAUUAAUUCCAUUAAUCAAAGUUAAUUGAAUUUGUCUGCAGAGCUAGCAUGCAUUAUUUCACAGCAAAAUUUUUAUAAAAUAUGUCAAGUUCAUUAAAAAAAAAAAUAACAUUAAUCCCAUUGUUGUUCUGCAAAUCUAUGUAAAUGCAAUGAACAUUUAAGUUGUACUCUAUUGUGAUCAGUGCUAGACUAUGCCAGCUACCCAGCACCAAUCACAGUGUAAUUGGCUGGGAAACCAUGCUUGAUUUUAGUAUUGCAGGAAAAUCUUGUACUGAAAAGUCAGUAGAUUAUGGCAACAUGCCAAUCAUACUGUUUUUUAACAUGGAAAACCACUGGCCAGAGGGUUUCCUUAGAGGUAGGGUUGGGAUAAGGUAUAGUUGUAUGCUGCUUACGCAUAGGGUUAGUAUUUGGGUUGGUAUAGAGUUGGUGUUUACUAGAAAAAAAUAAUUUGGAUCCUAGAUAUGAAGCAUUUAUCAAUUAAGAGAGACUGAUACAUUAAUUUCUUUUGAGCUAUUUUUAUAUUGUUGCAGUGUAUGUGUAAAAAUUAUAAGCAAAAUGUGCGGAGAAAUGCGCCCCCCUUCAUUUUUAGAUCUUUAUUCAUAUUUAAUGUUAGGUGUACAUAUAGGAUAUUAAGACAUGCCCUUUCGGUAUUUGUUUAAAAAAAAAAAAAACUCAAAAUAUAGCAUUUAUAAAUGUAAUAAAUAUAAAGUAAAGUUUUGGUUCAGAAGGAAAAUUUCCUCCAGCCUUUGGGGGUUAAGGUUGCAGCUUCAAGAAAAUCCUAAAAUAUCCUAUAGACAAGUUUUCAGACCCUUCAAAACCGCUCUGUCAACACACUCUUCCCCCAAAAGAAAGUAUUGAUGAAAUACUCAUAUCAAAAUAUAUCAUAAGAUUAAAUAGGGGGUAAAAGGCAUAGCUGCCAUCGCCAAGCUUGUCUUUUGCCUCACCUGUCACUAGUGACACCUAUGAGAAAAAAGACCUUGUAAAUUUAGGCUUCUGCAGUCUCAUAUGUGGGCCCCUGUGAGGUGAAGCAGCAUCAAGCUUUCUGCACCUCAAUUUGGGCAGUUUCUGCCAUUUAUCACUUCUGUUCUUCUCAAACUGUCAGUUUGAAAGAGGAAUGUCUGACAACCAUAUCCAGAUUUCUCAGAUGUUAGAUUUGGGUUCCACUACUGUGCUUCACCAAUAGGAUGGUAUUACACAGGUGAGGAACACUGCUUGGUUUCCUCCAGACAUGAUACCUGGAAUUGAGGACAAAACCGUUCAAUCUCCAUUUUAUUCAGACCAGUGAAUCUUGCUUCUCACAGUCUGAGGGUCCUUACCGUGACACUUUCUAUAUUCCAAGCAAGCUUUUAUGUGUUUUGCAUUGAGUAGAGGACAGAUCAGUGGAGUGUUGCAGUGAAAAUUGGCCUUUCCAAGUUUCUCACAUCUCCACAGAUGAUGUUUGGAGCCCACCCAGACUGACCAUUGGGUUUUUGGGUCUCCUCUGUUACCAAGGUCCUUGUCUCCCUGUUGUUCACUUCUAGAAAAAGUGAUGUUUAUUUCAAACUACUUACAUUUAAGAAUUAUGGAUGCCAAGUGAUUAUUUUUUUUGUAGCCUUUCCCAGAGCUGUGCUUCCACACAACCUUGUCUGAGUUCUGCAGUCUGUUCUUUUGACCUCACAGCUUCAUUAUUGCACAAAUAUGCAUUCACAGACCUUAUAUAGACAGGUGUCUUUCCAAACCAUGUCCACUCAAUUAAAAUUGCCACAGGUGGAUUCCAAUCAAAGUGUAAAGACAUCCAAAGAAAUGUGAUGUUUGAGCUGAAUUUCCAGUGUUGGAGCAAAGAGCCUAAAGCUUUAAACUUUAUUGCACUCUACAAUUUUUUUUUCCCUUCAUGUACGCCUUUUUUUGAGAAAUCAUGGUUGAACAAACCCAUUGCAAUAUAUAUCUGUACUUUGUCAAUCUGUUAAAAUACAAAUUACUGCGGUUAAGAUACUAGAUCAACUUCUCAGCCUGUCUGCAGCACACACCCAUAUAACCUAGUGUGACUUGGCUUAUAUCCAUGACUUCUGAGAAAGUUUGGUUUCUCUCAGUUUUGAUCAUUCUACAUAGAACGCUAUACAUGUUCCUCCUUUUUCCUGUCUCCUAGUUUGUCAGCAUGGCUCUUUAACUGGCAGGUGUGUUUCAGACUGCUGGCACAAGAAAUGUUUAGACUGAGAAAUCCACCUGAAUACGGCUGAAUGAUUUUGUUUUCUGGAAAUUUUGCAUAAGGAGUAUAGGAAGUGACACACAAACUAGCUGACGCCAGCCGAGAUGAAAUCUUGUUUGCACUGAUAAUUGUUCAUUUGGGGCAGAAAACAAAACAUAUUCAAGUUUGAGGCUGUUCAAAGCUGGAAUUAGUUGCAGUGGGAAUGGCUUGUUUCAUUGACCUUGAAAGCGCCUCCCUUACACAGAGCUGGAAACAAGCUUUGAUGGGACGGAGGUCUGAAACAAGCAAAGAUGUCACUUAAAUGACUGAAACUAUGACACUUAAGCUCAGACAAGCUAAUAAAACACUUGUGUAUUGUAAGUGCAUUUGAAUUAUUUGCGAUUAUAAUUUGUAUUAAGAGUCUGUACUAAACCUAUAUCUAAAAUAAGGGAUGGAGAGAAAAUCCUCAUGGGAAUUUCAGUCCACCUGUCAACUCUUGCAGUUCACUUUGUGGUUGCAAAACUGGUUUUGCCCAGCUGUGCAUGCUAGGCUAUAAGCUAUAUCGGUUUUGAAAUGUUUGGUGUGUUUGAGGUCUCUAAAAAGAAAUUAUUUAAUGAACAUAAGAGAAGGAAAUAAGUUGUAUGCAUGAAGGAAAUGUGUUUAAAUGCAUCUAUAUCCUCGAACAUCCUAGUGCUCUGUUAUACCAACUCAUUUAGCAGGGGAGAUAUUUGAAAGUGGGGUAAACUUCUAAAUUUGGCAGUUCACCGUAAACUGCCAAUGGAAUCCAUGUUCUUACCAAUUCUAGUUUCAAUAGUGAUUUUUUUGCCAUACAUUUUCUUUUAACAACUAAACAUAUCACUGUUUUGUAGAUCUGCAGAUGCAUUCAAUUCUGCAUUUUCUUGUCCUCAUUAGGAUGUAGCUAAAAACCUCUUGAAAAGCUGUAGAUUUCUUGUCUAAAAUCCUUGCACGCCCUCCCUUUCUAACUCAGCCCACACUUUCUUUGACUGUCCAAUCAGAGACUCGUCUUUCCAAGUGAAGUGCAAAAAAAGCUAACUGCACUUUUUGUAAAAUGGAAAAACAAACCGGACACUAUUCACACAUUCACUUCUGCAAGCUGGAGUGCCCUAUUUGUCCGAUAUGGCUUUUGUUUUGCCUAAAACACUGAUACUAGAGAAGGUUCUUUAAAGAUGUGGUCAACUGCAAAACUGCUCAUCUCUGAGCCAGGCUUUGUCUAAGAGUAUUGGGAGUUACAGGUCUGUGGGCAGGGAGCCAAACUUACUAGUCCCAAAGUGAACAUGGGGUUGCCUGAGCAAUGUGCUAUAUUUAUAGCCAUGUUUAUAAUACUAACAUUUUAAAUGCUGGUAAAUAUUUUAGCUAAUGAGAAAUGCAUGUAUGUAAAAUAAUACUACAACCUUUGCUAAGAAUGUGUUAAAAUCUAAUUCCCAUCUCCCCUCUCUCUCUUGCAGACUGUUUGUUUGUAUUGGAAUAUUUGCUUAUCAGUCUAUUUAAAAGCUUCAACACCCUGUGACUGACUGGUUCGCUGAAGACUUUCACCACACAGAACUAUUCUACACCGCCUGCAAUAUGUUUUAACAAGGUGCAAGUGGAUUCUAUUUCUGACAACACAUUUUUUUUUUCUUAAUCCUUAUAUCUAUUUUGGUAAGUUUGGUAGCUGUUCUGUAUUUAAAUACAUAAAAGAGAUUGAUAAUGACCAUGAGUUGGUUUAGAAUGGUAUGUUUUAUACAGUCAGGUACUAAUUGUUGGUGUGGUGUUUUGUAUUUCCAUUUUUUUGGGUGGGGGUAGCUGUGGUAUGACUAUAAAGGUUUAUAGUUCCCUCCCUUUCAAAAUCUUUAGAUUCCACAUGAUUAUAACAGAGUUGUUUGGGGGGGGGGGAAGAAUCUAGAAAUGGAAAUAACUGGUUAAAGUAUUAGUCAGUGUAUGACCGCGCAUGGACAGGUUUGCAUAGUACAAUCUGUGGCAGUGGAAAAAUUAAUCAGGUUAAAAUAAUACUUGGCUUGUGCUUUUAUGAUCUUCACUUUAGUCUGACAUUGAAAAAUCACUUUGAGAGUUUUGUCAGUUCUUGUGUUUAGUUUUUAUGUUUGUGUUUUGUUUUUUACGAAUACACAGGAGGAAAAACCAAAGUGUGGGGCCUUAUUCACUACAUUUCAAAGUCAAGUGAAUACUAACUAUAUUGUGGCAUAUUAGCAACAAAGGGUAAUUUGCUAAAUGUAUCCAAAUCCUCUGUCAUUGCAGCUUUGCUAUUUUAACAAAAAUGUUACAAUUUGGCUUUCAUUUUGUCUAAAUUCAUGUUAUGAAUCAUGGGUCAAAGCAUGUUUGAAUAUGUUUCUUUUUAAAUUUAAAAUCAAUUUAAAUUCUUUACUCAUUAAUGAAGCAGGAGUGCCUGUGCCCGUUUUUGUUUAUGGGACAUUAUAGUCACAAAACAACUUUAAAUUAAUGAUGUAGUAUUGGUGUAUAGGUCAUGCCUCUGCCGUUUCACUGCUCAAUUCUCUAUUCAGGGGUUAAACCACUUUUAUGCAGGCCUAGUCACCCCUUCCUGCAUUAAAGGGGCACUGUUGUCACCCAUCUUAUUAAGAUGGUCUGGGUGCAAUGUCCAUGCCCCUUUAACCAUGCAAUGUUAAUUAUUGCAGUUUCUGAGAAAGUUAAAAAAUUAAAUUGCCGGGUUAAGAUUGCCUCUAGUUGCUGUCAAUAGACUUUCCAAUGAACCUCUUGUGGCUGUCAAUCAGUCAAUACAGACUGCCCAAUGAAGCUCAAUGAGAAGUCUUUGCAAAGCAGGUUCUCUGAACAUUUGACUGCUAAAUGUGUUUAGCUCCACUGAGCUAAACAGCCUGCUUGCUAUAGGGCCAGUAGGAGGGGUGUAACAAAGUUAAUUUAUAAAAGUUCCAAUUUCUUUUGAAAUGUACACUUUUUUGUAAAAUGGGGUUAUAAAAAGAGGACAAACUGUUAACACAUUUCAGUUUGCUGAAAUGAUUUAGGGGUUUGGAGUGUCCCUUUAAAGAAUAACGUUUUUGAAAAUUCGUGGAACCAAGACUAUAAUGAAAAUUGUAGGUUUUGUUGGUUUAAAAGAUCUUGAAAUUGACUAUCUCUUAAGGGGUUAAUUUUUGCAUGCAUUUACAUUUGUUUCAGUAAUUACAUCAGAUACUGUUUUUGUUUAUAGAAAUUCUUCUGCAGGUACCAAGCAACUUACAUUGAAUGUGCAAACUUAAAAGAAAACACUUACACUCUUGCAUUUUAAAGAUAAAAUAUAUAUUUACAAUGUUAAUCACAUUUUUGCCUCUGUUAAACUAAUUUGCAUAUGCCCACCCAGAAUCCUUUGAGUUUGUAACAUCACUGCAGAUUUGGGAUUUCUGUGGGAAAAGAAAGACUUAUGGCUUGACUGGUGUGCAGAUUUUUGUUUAACAUUGUAAACCAUCCACAGACUACAGGUGGAAGGGGUUUUCAAUCACAAUUUUUCCCCACCAUAACCUAAUUGGGGAAAAAAAAUAUAUACGAUUAAACAUCAAAUACUCAUAUUUUGAAGGUCAUAAAUUUGCUCCGAAUUACUUUACAGCUUCUGCAUUGAGCUCUCACCAAAAACUAUAUUAAAAAUAAACCCACAGGAAGACUCGCACACAGUUUUGUUGAAGUGUUUUCAUGUUAAGUUUUCUGUUGAUAGCUCUUGUUAUCGCUUUGACUGCUGGCUGCCACUAGACAGUUUAACAAACCGCAAGUCAGGUUGGGAAUCAUGGGAAAUUCAAUUUUAAUCGAUGUGCUGUGCUAAAACUAGACUUAGAAUGUCAGUGAUCACAAACUAAAGUUAAGACACCUAAACAUAAAGAGCUCUGUUUUUCACCCAUGUGGAUCCAGGAACAUGGGUGAAUUUGGUUUUUGGGGACUUGAUAAAGACACAACUUGGGAUGGAAAUAUUGACGGUUCCACAUUGAUGGAAUUAAGUUCUCUUUUGAUUGUAUUCUAUUUCGGAGGGCACCCUGGGAUAUACUUCACCCAGAGCUGGGAAAAAAGUUAUUGCAGACAUUCUUGUCAAGACUCUAUUGAAUACUUUGCUUUCUUUUACUGCUUUGUGUCAUAAUUAAUUUUUUUUUUUUUUUUUGCUUUUACAGAUAUAUAACAAAAAUGGUUCCUAACGGAUUUUUGAGUUUUGAGGAUGAACAGUUUAUAGAGUCUUCGGUAGCCAAAUUAAAUGCCUUACGGAAAAGUGGGCAGUUUUGCGAUGUCAAACUUCAGGUAAUUUUAUUUAAUAUAUCUCCACAGUAUGAUGGAAUGUAAUAGUUAGGCAUGUUGAAUUCUCAUAUUUUCAGUCUGCAGUCAUAUUGUUAAAAUUACUGUUUGUACAAAUAGUAGUUAAAGGUUCUUCUUCCAAAUUUAUGUCAAAUUAUAUUAUGCCUACAUAUACUAUUUUUUUUGGCAUAGUUUAAUUGCAUAGGAGUACAAUUAUUGCCAAUGAAAGAUUGUUUCCCCAAACAGUAACAAAAGGAUAGACCUACAACAUUACUCACCGUAAGCCUUGUAUAUGGUAAACUGUCUAGGCACAUAAAAACAAUUUGAAGUUGCAUUACUCCUUUAGGACCAGUAUCACGGCCUGGUCUCUGAAAAUGGUAGGCCGGUAUGAAGUCUCCAGCUCAUUUCUUUUAGCAGAUCCUUAUAAUCUAGCAUUGUAUAAAGGUGCUGAAAUGUUUUGUUCAUUUUACAAAAAGUGCAGAUUUCAAUAGAAAUGUAUUUUGUUACACCCCCUUGCUGUCAAGCAGACAACAGGUCCUGUUACUUCCUAGUAGUUUAGCUCAGUGGCGCAAAUAUCAAGAGGCAAGCAAUCUGCAGCGUUUGCAAGCUGUGGUAUACCCACAAUGAAAAAAUGCAUAAUUAAAUACAUGCAUGUUUUCAUUGGUUUGAAAAAAAAAAAAAAAGUAUUAGGAGUAUGAAAUAUUCACUUUGUUUCGUACUUACAAGAUGUCUGUAGUGUAUAUAAUGAAAAUCAUGAUCUGCUGCUGGGUUUAUCCAGUAAAAGACAAAUAUUAUACUCACAGGGGUACUAGCAACCAUAAAUAUAUGAGAAGGGAAAUAUAAAAUAUCAACUUAAAAAUAUAUACAAUUUCCAUGGCACAUUGCGUCCUGUAAGAAAAUGAUUGUACAAAUCUUAACUUAAAGGACCACUAUAGUGCCCUGAGGGUGCCCCCACCCUCAGGGUCCCACUCCCGUGGCGCUGAAGGGGGAGGAAGGGGUUAAUCCCUUACGUUUUUUCAGCGCCCGGCUCCCUUGGCCCUGGGACUUUGCUCCCUCUUCUUCAGUCAUCGGCUGAAUGCGCAAGCGCCACGUGCGCAUUGAGCCAGUCCAUAGGAAAGCAUUUUUAAUGCUUUCCUAUGGACGCUGGCGUCUUCUCACUGAAAAUCAGUGGGAAGCGCCUCUAGCGGCUGUCAAUGAGACAGCCACUAGAGGCUAGAUUAAGCCAUAGGUAAACAUAGCAGUUUCUCUGAAACUGUUUACUGCAAAAAGGGUUAAUCCUAGCUGGACCUGGCACCCAGACCACUUCAUUAAGCAGAAGUGGUCUGGGUGCCUAUAGUGGUACUUUAAAAUUAACACCAGCUCAGUUACCAUUUUAUUUAAAUACACUUUUUACAAUAUGUAUAUGUGCGUAAUCUUGACUCCCAAGGCCUUCAAUCGUUUUUAUAUCCAGACAUUAGUUUGUCUUCAGUUGUCAUGUAGUACACAUGCUACCUGGUAUGAACCAUUUUGUAAGUUAGUAUUUGUUAGUGUCAGUCUUGCCAAUAGCUGUUUGUAACUAAAGACUCUGAUUUAGAUUCUGUUUAGAACCAAAGAAGUCUUCGCUGUGUUUUUCUGCAUAGUACAUUUGAACAGAUUUUUAGUUCAGUGGGCUAAUGCAUCAUCUGUAGAAUCAGUUCAACCCUUGGGGAUCACAGGUUUAAUUCCUGGCAGGGUUGACUCCGCCCUUCAUCCUUCCAAGCUAGAUAAAAUGAGUACCAUUUAAUUUGGUAAUCGUAACAUCCCCUGGAUGUUGGGCAAAAGUAACAUCCCCAGGAUGUACUUGGAAACCAGAGCAAUCUGAAUGUACCUUUCCAGGUUAAACACGUUAUUAUUUUUGAAGAAAUUAGCAUUAAAAGUAUACAGGAUGGGGGCUGCAUCAAUAGGUUUGCGUUCUCUAAACUGUGACUACAGGGGAUUGAUAAGAGGGAAUGUGCCCAAACGAGGAACAUUUUGCAGUUGACGUCUAGCCUUUUAAAAGGCUCUGCGUUUAACAAAUAUGUUUGAGGUUUGAAUUUUGUUAAUAUAAAUGUAAACAAAUUUAAAUAUGGAAUACAAUUUUUUUUUUAUUUUUUUUUUUGAAAAGGUGCAUCACAAGGAAAAAAAUGUUACUACACUUUAUAGUUGGUUUUCAAUAUUCUGUUCAGUUUUGUCAUUUCCUGAUAAGUUAGUUUUGUUACAGAAAACUAUGUUGCAUCUCUAAUUUUAUUUCAAUGUGUUCUAACCUUAGGUUUGUGGCCAUGAAAUGCUGGCACACAGAGCUGUUCUUGCCUGCUGUAGCCCCUUUUUGUUUGAAAUAUUCAACAAUGACAAUGAAGCUCAUGGCAUUUCUCAUGUGAAAUUCGAUGAUUUGAACCCAGAGGCAGUGGAAGUUUUAUUGAAUUAUGCAUACACUUCUCAGUAAGUGGUUUUUUUUUAUUUAUUUUUUUCCUCUCAUUUAUUGCUACAUAUGUUAACUGCAAAAAUUGUCUAAACUUACCAUUCCAAUUAUAAUUUAUUUUUCUGCACAAGAUAUAAGUAAGUGUGCCUGGCGCUUCAAAUAAUUGUUCAGUUAAGAAUGUGUAGUAAACACAACCAAUAUAAAAGUGCUUCCCAACACGAAGUAUGAUAACAUACAAAAUGUAUUUAUUUUUCUGAUCUUCUGAAAUGUAAAGUGUUUUUAAUGGUGUCAUACUAUGGUUAGAUGAUUUUCCUAGUAGCAUUUUCCUGUUGAUGUACAUGGGUAUUCCUCACACUUGAUAUUUUGCUUGGAAAGUUAAAUCUGAGUUUAAUCUAAUUAUUCAUAUUUAAAGACCUGAACCGGAGAACUCCCUCGUAAAUGUUUUUAAAUCAAGGAAAGCCCAAUGCCUAUAGCCUAAAAACAGUCUGAAUAACAUAAGUUAUAUAUUCAUAGAGUACAAAUGAAUGUAACAAUGCAUAAAUAUAGAAAACAAAACAAGUAAUUAUUUAAAAAUAAACUGAAAUGUCCAUAUUCUUUAAGACACUAAAUGCAAUUACAACUAAUGUACAAGAAACAAGAUAAAAUUAAGUAAAUGGAAUUAAAAUGACACUGCAAGCAUCUAACUACCACUAGAUUUUAAGCUCUUUGGAACUGGAUCCUCCUCAACAUAUUGUUCCUGUAACAUUUUAUAAAUGUCUCAUUGUUAAUUUUCUUUUUAAUAUUGUUAAUGGAUGCGAAUUACAUUGGUGCUACAUAAAUGUCAGUAAUAUUAAUCACUGCUACUUUUAGGUUAUGGCUCAACUCCUGUCUUCCAUCAUUAUGCCUCUUAGUUUGCAAAUACAUCUGCAGUUGAAACUCCAAUACCUGCUUACCCCUCUAUUGCUUGAUAUUACUAGGAGAGGUACUGCUUAAGUUUUCUUAUUCAAGCCUUGUUUAGACUCUCUCUCAUGGCGUUUUGAGAUCUCUUCCUAUGCAGAUGACUGUUUGUUGUCUAAGUAACUGGUGCCUUGUUGCCUCGGAUUCCAACUCCCUGCUGCCAUUUAAGUGCUCUGGAGAAUCAUGGAAGUGGUUUGUUCUUUGUAAUAGGUGUUUGCCUUCCGCUUGCUCUAGGCUUUAAUAACCACACUAAUUUUAGUAACGUGAUCUAACUAAAUGUAUUUCUUCUUUUAUAGGCUUAAAGCUGAGACCGAAUUGGUAAAAGAUGUUUAUUCUGCUGCAAAAAAGCUAAAGAUUGAUCGUGUAAAGCAGGUAAUGUUGACCCGUUUUGACAUGUAGAUUAUUUCAGUGCAAUGUUUUAUCACGUGGAGAUAAUUUAAGUCAAUUGUGAUUCCAGUUUUCUGGUCUGGAUGCUUGCAAUAAAUCAUGCGGUUAUAGUACUCACGAACGCUGCGGAGUUUAGGUUCUAAACUGAUCAGUGUUUUUAACAGUCCUACACGUCCAUGUCCUCAAUGUUCCUCAGCAGGAGCUGCUGGUGAACAUGACCUAUUUAAUUCUUCUCUCCUACUGAAUGCCAGGGCAUGUUUUCCUGAGAGAUAAUGACACACAGGAUUUAUGUGGGCGUGGAGAGUUGCUUUUUGAUCACAUGCUCAAUAUGUCACCCUAAAUGUAGGGCUUAAAUUAUAGGUUUAAGCAGCAAUAUAUCUUUUUCUGAGUGUAGGAAUACUAGUUCCAACUUAUACAAACACUUCUAUAAUACAGUGUGACAAUGCAUCACAUCACAGCAAGUGCAAACAGGUCAGUCGCACUUAAUGUCAAGUUAUAUAAUUUCUGCAUACAAUUGUAUUGUUGAUUGUGUUUCUGAAGUCAAGCUUGAAUAUCAUAAUGAAUUGUAACCAGAAUUUCUAAAGCCUAAUCUGGCAUAAAUGUGCUAGUUUUAACGGCUUGUAAACUAGAUGUAUCUCAAGUUGGAAAAAUGAAAUGAAGAAAGCACUUAAACUCUUCUAUUCUUUUUUGCAUUCUGAGAUUUAUUUUUCCUUUUUCAGAAAUAAGCGUUUACAUAAAACUCACAAAAUGGUUGUUCAAAAAGCUUUGUUUAAAAAAUGUUAAUAGCUUUUAAUUAAAAAAAAGUGACGCUCACAUUUCUGCAACUCUUCUUCAAUGAUCAAACAAAUGUCUUGGCCAGAAGAUGAAUAGUUCUCAAAUUUGUGAACACCAUUAUAAUUUAAAUGUGUUUUGCAUGCAAAUAUUUAUACGUGUGCAUGUACUAAAUGCCUUAUUGGUAUUGUUAGUACUGUAAUAGUAAUGGCAUUGCACAGCCCACUUCAUGGAAAGAGAAUGGCUUUGAUUCAGCGAUGUCUCUCUAACAGCCUUUAGGUUGAUGUGAAACCUCAAUUCUUAAUCAUUUUUUUUUAUCUUUACCAAAAGGUGUGUGGUGAUUAUUUAAUGUCCAAGAUGGAUGCUGAGAGCUGUAUCUCCUAUCGGAACUUUGUCAACUCAAUGGGUGACUGGCGUCUCUUAAGUAAAAUUGACACGUACAUUCAGCAGCACCUCUUGGAAAUAUCUGAUCAAGAGGAUUUUCUUAAACUUCCACGACUCAAGGUUAGUAUAAUAGUGGUUUUAUAUUGGGUUUUAAACUAAUUUUGAUGUGUAUUUUAUGGAUUGCCACAUUUUUUUAUGGAUUGUGCAUAUGGAUAAUCCACCUAGAUAAAAAUCUGACAUUUUAGUUGCUGACCGAGGCAGCAUUAAGGGAGUGAAAAGUUCACAAAUUCUCUUCUUUUCAAACCAUGUACUGCAUGAUUACAAUUUUAGAUAUAAAUUGUGCCAACUAAAGUUCUUUCAAAUGUUUUGUUUUUUCUUGACUUCAUUACCUUUGCGGAAAAGCUAUAAGGAGAUGACCUGUUUUGGAAUUCUCAUGCAUCUGUGAAAGGCAUACUGUAACUUCUACGGUGCACCCACUUGCUAGGUAUUGUCAGAUAUCUCAAAUUUGGAUGGCUAAAUGUACUUUCUACCCUGUCCAAUCCCAGUAGUUCUUUUUACAGCACCAGAUAGCACACCCACCCGGCUAGGAUAGAUUUUGAAGUCUUUGGCCCUGCUAUUUCAAGCUGUGUUAAACUGCUUUUAUGUGGUGCAACUCCUUUUACUUGUAAGAUCCGAAUGUUCAAGUAUAUAUGAAUCAAUGCUUUUUAUUUUUUCUUCUUCUUACAAUCUUCUCACAAUAUACAUAUCAAUGGUCCAAAAAAGGUAAGGUAGAGAUGGAGUUUCCUGUACACCCAUUGUGUUUAUAAAGUGUUUCAAAGUGUGAUCUUUUCCAAUGAUUGACCCGACUGGGCUAACAAUUGUACUGUUUAGCAGCCAGAUAACUAAAUAUAGGAUAUUGCUGGCCUGAAAAAAAUACCUAGUUUUGUGCAUUGAAAUAAGUUAUGUUGGUUUGGCAAACCUGAGACAAAUAUCCAAAUAUAACAUAUGCACCAGAUAAUCAAAAUUGAAAUUUUUCUAAAGCAAUUAACUUUCUCUGCAGAGAUGUUUGUCCAAGCUUUCUCAGUGUAAAUUCUGUAAUCCAAUAUACCUGAUUAGCCAUCAAGCAAUCGGCCCUUAUAGAAAACUACUGUUUGCACAUUCCACUUCGACAAACUCAAAGGUGAGAUGUACUUUCUCACUAAGGGGUCGUUCCAAGCAUCAUAACUACUGCAGCCCUCUGCAGUGGUUAUGAUGCCUAGAAUACCUUAGCCCCGUUUCUCGGCAAUGGAGCAAAUGUUUUUUCUUAAAUAGGUCACUGUCAGCUACCAAGGAUUCUCCUGUGGCCUGUCAUGCCUUUCGGUUCUGCGCAGUGGCAGAAACCAGAAGUCACUAGCUCCAGCCAUUCAUUGGCUAAGAGCGUCAGCUGACCGAUCUUGGUCAAUAAUUGCAAUUCUGUAAAUUGGUAUAUGCACACAAUUGACAUUGGCCAACUCAGAACUCUUGUCCAGGGCUGGCUAAUGAAGUCUAUUUGAGGCUGCCAAAGGUGAAGUUACACCUCUGGUAGCAGAGGGGUUGAACUCUGCAGUGUUUCAAACGAACUCUAGGCACCAUGACCACUUCAAAUCACUGAUCCAUGGCUUGGAGUAACCCUUUUAAUGCUUUAAAAUUCUUAAAUGUCAUAGAACUGUCUUCUUAAAUUGCUGCUGAGGAGCAUUACUGAAUGCAUGGGUCUGCCUAGAUUCUGUGUCCCCUUUGCAACCAAGUGCAUCACAAGUCUCCCAUUUCUCCCUUCUGAAUUAAUCGCUCCCACUGCUCGCAUGCGCAAUAGCUUGCAACCUUAGUUCAAGUGCACAAUCUAGAGGGAGAAAUCUUUGGUUAUAUAGAGCAAUGGUUGUGUACUGUGUCCAGUGUGUUUGCCAUGCUUGGGAUAAUAGUAUAGUCUGUUAAAGGAUUUAAAGACUAACAGACAUUGCCUGCAUUGGAAUAAAUUAUUUCCUGUCUGGUUAUCAAUCAUGUGUCCUAGAACAUAACUGCAAAUGUCCCUUCUUUGUCUAGGGUUUAAUAAAUACAGAAUGCAAGGGAUCUGAGCGAGAGCUUUCACAUAACUACCCUGCACACACUGCCUUUAUACAAGCCUAUGAACUGAUAGAACACUCCUAGAGGGGCUACAUUAUAUAUUUUUUAAACUCGCUGUAAACAAAUAUACAAUUUUGAGAAGCGAUAAUACAUGUUAUGUAAUGGAAAGAUUGAUAUCACAGCUUGUUUACAGCAAAUUCCUUGAUAUGACAGUCCAGACAUGUGGGUACAGAGUUAAAUGCUUUAUUAAAAUGUCAUUUUAAACAUGACAAGUCCACUUUAGCUAAUAUGCUUAAAUCAAAUAUCCUUAAGCUCAUUUUGCUCCUGCACAUGUGUAAAGCAGACAGUGAUUAAUCUGUUUUGUUCAGAUUUAGGUGUUUAUACAGGUGAUUAGUUUAGAGACAAUUUAGCACCUGGCGAGUGUGCCAUGGAAUCUCCUGGUCUGCAAUAGUGAAUAACUUUUAAGACAUAGCUAGUUGUUUAGGACUAGUAAUUGUAGUAUAUGCAAUCCUCCAGAUGUGAUACUAGUUUUUCCCUUGGCUAUGUUCAAACAUUGAAAAGGGGGGAGGGAGGUGUUAAAAACUGGUAUUGGUUUGAAAAUUUUUUUUGUUUAAACUUGCUGGCACACUACAGAUGGCUAUUACCCUUUUUGAUAUUUUGCACUUGGCACAUUUAAGCACCUUGGUUGCACUUUAAAAGUAUAUAGCGCUCCACUGUUUUACAUUAAAUUUAUGUUCAUACAUUGUAACUAGAUGUUUUGCAGUUUGUGUAGAUGAUGCUCUUUUGUUCAUUCUCACACAGGUUUCAUGCAGCCCCUCUUUAGUUGACCAUUGGUACUAUUAGUACCUAUAUCAAUCUGAAAGUCAUAAUGAUAAGGCAAAUAGCAUUCUUGAUUAAAAACACUGUCUAUACUUAUCAUGCAUAUCCCAAGCUCUCCUUCCAGUCUGCAAUCUCUCUUGGCAGCUCUGAAUUUGGUACAUACGGAGAGUCUAUUUCAGGAACACAUUAUGUAAAAUGGAGAAAGGUGGGCUUACAUUGCAGAAAGCUACAAAACAUUUGUUUUAGUACAGCUUAUAGAGUAAUUAGAAAUACACAGCAUUUCUAUGAGGCAAAAAAAGAUCAAAUCAGUUUGAUUGAUUUUGUUCCUGGGCACGGGCUGGUGGUUACUCUUCUCUGCACGCAAUAGUCAUCUGGCAAUGGACUUGCUUCUUUGUUCACCAUAGGCCCCUAGCCAGGGCACCCAGAUUAGGAAUUGGUUAGAGGUCGGCAAUGCUAUGUGAACCUGCUCCCAUUGUUAUUGCAUGCCUAGCUGCUAGCUGUAUGUGCUGAUUAGCUCAUAAUGUUUCACACAAACAUACAUAUUAUAAAAUAUUCCCUUUAAUUCCACAUCAUUUGUACACUCAAGUAGUCUAUAGCCUGUACAUGCGUAGUACUACUGACACUUUUCUAUACAUAGUUCUAAAAUGUGGAAUCUAGAUUAUUUCUGCUGCGAAGACUUGAAUGCCUUGCUCUCUGUAUCCUUGCACGUUUCAAGUAAUUGUGACUCAUUUGCCUCAAAUAAUGAUUGAUUUAAAAAAAAAAAGCUUGGUUUGUGCCUGUAGUGUCUUUUUAAAAUACAUUUUUUUUUUUAAAUGUGCAAAGCAAAACUUGUUAAAUAUUUGUGCACAUUCAGUAAAAAGUAUUCCUUUUGAAACUAAAACAAACUUUAUUUUUUAUUUUGGGGUCAGGACUAGUAUACACAUGUCCCAUAGAUUUGAUUGUAAUACAUUUUCUUUUCUUGCUUGAAGUACAGCUUAUAUAGCAAAAUAGAGGCAUCUUGGGCAGUAAUGUGCACAGCCACCUAACACACUUCUUGCAAAAUUUAGGAUUUUAAUGGCUGUCCUUUCACAUGCUGUUGGUGGGGUAUUUGUCUGCUAUUGAACUGUACACUACUAUAGUGCUGUGAUUUGUGUACAUGAUUGUACACUUUCUUCUGAUUUUAGAACCUAUUCUACUACUCAACAUACUUCUACUUUGUCAUAUAAGCAGUUAAAAAAUGUUGACAGAAAUUUACUUUUUAAAUAAAAUAUUUUUCAUUGGUUUAAUAUCUCAAUUAUGAAUUGCAUUUCAGUUCUAUAGAAAUACUGGCUUGUGUGUGUCAUUGAAUUAAAACAAGAUAUUCUGUUGUCUUGCAGCUGGAGAUAAUGUUUGAAGAUAAUGUCUCCCUCCCCAGCAACAGUAAAUUGUACGCAAAGGUAAUCACCUGGGUUCAGCGCAGCAUAUGGGAAAAUGGAGAAAGCUUGGAAUCCCUGAUUGACGAGGUUAGUCUUGAAAUAAAAGCAUUCUAAUAUGUCUAGGAUGCUAGCCGUGUUGUUCUUUAACUAAUUAAAAUUGUCCUUUUAUAAUAAUCAGAGUCCAAAAUAAAGAGAGUAUCUUUUUCAGUUGAAAACUGGUAGGUUUAAAGGUGAGAUGAAAUUUUAUUUUCCAAAAAAUCUGGUAUUUAAUCUUUCUUUUUCCUUUUUUUUUUUUUUCUUCCCCGGUUUGGUUUGUGUAUAAGUGCUAAGGUUUCUUUUUUCUUUUUUUGCGCUUGAAUAUCACUUUAGACUUUUCAAUGUUUUCUUACAGGUUAUGUGCUUGAAAUGACUUCGUUAUGAUCAUCCGUUCUAACAGUUGUUCCUCCCCAUUGAUUAUCUUUCCAUAGGUUAAUUAACAAAAGUAGGAUACCCAAGAUUGAAGAAAAUGAAGAUACUUCAAGGUUAAUUGAACCGUAAUGAAGCACCAGUCUGCCCUAACCCUUCUAAGAACAUCCACUGUGGGCAGAGAGCCAUGAUGAUGAUGCUUUAAUGGUGUUUACUCCUUUCACAGGAUAUUUGUGUGAAUUGUACCGUCUAAAAUUUGAUUGAAAAUGCUUGGAGAAGUUUUUAUUUGACCCACAAGCAAAACGUUGUAUAACCCUUUUUUUCUAAUUUUUUUUUCUCCCGUUUUUUUUUUUUUUUUUCUUAGAAAUGGUUUGAUGCACCAGUAUUUCAGUAAAUGUAUUUAAACUACAGUUUUUUUUUUUUAUAAAAAUAUAUUUACAUUUCAGCAUGUUAGGCUGAAACUUAAAUGACAUUAAACAAACAUUCAGGUAACUGUUCAGUAGAGGCAAAAUUAAAUUUUCAGAAGUCUGAAAAAUGUUAUUUAUAUAACAAUAAUCCUGAAUCCUUAUUUUAUAAGCUCCCCUCAAGAAUCUUGUUUCAGCUCAAUGAGGUCAGUGCCUAAGCUUGCGAGUAAUGCUGCACGACUCUUCCUAGUGCCUGCUUACAAACUAAUGUGAAUGCAGAGUUUUUGGAUUUCUGUAAUCUCCGUAUAACAAAGUACAAUUCAGUAAUAGACAGAACCAAAACUGUUCAAGCUAUUUCCCACUUUAAAAUCGUUCCCAUUCAGAUUUCCCCAGAAACUACUUGCAACAAUAUGCAAACAAUAUAGUUUGUUGUUUGUAGGUUUCUGGUGGGUUUUUUUUUUUGUUUUUUUUCCCCAUCCUUUUUAAUUUGGUGACGUAUGUCAAAUGUAAUCCCAUAAAAGUAUAGGAUAUAUUGACACUGAAGUAAUGUUGCAGAAACCUUUCUGAAAUUAUUUCCCAUAUGACAACUCCAGGUCAGCUUUUAGGCCAAACAGCCUUUUUGCUAUGUAGAAUAUGAGAUUGGGAUAAUUUGGAACGCUCUGUGUAACAUAGAAACUAGCUUUGGCUAAACCUACAGAGAAGUUAUACUCAGUGCAAUGGAAAUUACCUGUAGAAUGCUAUAAAUUUAUUCUAUUUUGGUAUUCUCUCCCCACUAAAAUUGGCAAAACACAUUAGAUUAGUUGGAGCUGCAGCGUUGGGGUAACGAUCAGUGACUUUUUUUUAUUGUGAAAACAUUUAUUCUAACAGUACCAUUUACAUUCAGUAAGUGGCAGAUCACUGAACCCCUUCUUUCCAUUUGUUUUGUUUUUAACAUCAAAGACUGACUGCUAUGACUGCUCUCUUCGCUGACUGCUACUGCGGUUUUAUUUUAUUUUUUUUUGUUUGCUAAUGCGCACCAAGAAAAGACUUCCAGGAAAACAAGUGACAUUAUUUUUAGGGAAUCCAUAUUGAAAUUCUCAAAUUAGAAGUGACCUUUGUCACGUUUGCAUAGGUCAUCUCCCUUUACUUUAGAUUAUUUUUUUGCUAAAGGAUCCCAAGUAUUUCUUUUUUUCAACUGUAAAACAUAAUUAUCAUUUCCCUACAAGUAAUAAUGCCCUUCUUUUUGAGUAUAAUUUCUUUGCUUGGAAAAAAGUUGCAAAUUUGCAGCCCUUCAUUUUGGUGCAGUCAAAGACAAUCACUUUAUGCCAAGCGCUGAAUGAUAGUAGCUGUUCUUGACAAUUUGAACAAGUCUAGGCUACAGCCCGUUCAAAAAAAAAAUUCCAAGUCCAUCUUGUAUGUAUUGCAUAUAUGGAACUUUUUGUACAUGAUCUAUUUUUUUUUUUUUUUGGCAUCUUAUACUGUUUGGUCCUGCUUUCUCUUUAACUUGGUUUGUUUUUAGUACUUCCAUUAGCACUUUAGUUUAAUCCCCACUUUUAUUUAAAUUUUGCUGUUCCAGUACUAAAAUCAUGCACGCUUCUGGAAAAAAAAACUAAACAAAGAAUUCAAACUCAUUAAUUUGUAAAGAGGAAUUGCUUUUUGCUGUUAAUUGUAUGUACUUGCGUGCUUCCGUUGUCUUGCCUUGCACUGGAAUUGUCUGCCUCUACGUAUAUUUUGUCUAUGUAUUUCUUUAUCAUUUUUGUUCUGGAAAAUUGAAGAAUCCCUUAAAGAUAAAGAAGUGAAGACUCAUCAUAAUGUAUAGAAGAUAUGACUCCAUGCAAUAUACUUUUUUCAUUCUCAACGGUUUUGCCAGAAGGAAUUCCAUACCUGCCUCGAAGAUGACAUGGGGUCAAAUAGAUACAUUAUGAAAAUUUCCACUGAAAAAGUAUCCAUAUGGCUGUUCAUUUGCUGUUUUGCAGGUACAAACGUUAUACUAUUCUGCUGACCACAAGCUCCUUGAUGGGAAUCUUUUAGACGGGCAAGGUGAAACGUUUGGCAUCAAUGACGACAGUAUUCAGCUGGUUCAGGUACAAUAUUAAAACUCCCCAGACUCUCUUUAGGCUACAACAAUACCACCACAACUGUCUUUCUUACAGAAUAGUUAGCAUUUUUUUUUUUAAAUCAUAGUACAUGGCAACAAAUACAAAUUGUUAAAUUUACAAUUUUUCCUUCUUACAUUUAUAGAAAAAAUCACCACGUGAAAAUGAUCAUAGACACUUGAGCAGCAGCUCCUCAGGACCUCUUUCUCCUCCAAGUGCCAUGUCAUUGGGCCCGAAGCAUGAGUGGAAAAUCAUCGCUUCGGAGAAGAAAUCAAGUGAGUUCACAUAAUUUGUAUGAAUGUCUGUUACUCUGAUUAAGGAACAUACCAGUCCCAUGAAGCACUUAAGCUUUCUGAAGUGCAUUAAAGGACCACUAUAGUGCCCUGAGGGUGCCCCCACCCUCAUGGUCCCACUCCCGCCCUGCUGAAUGGAGAGGAAGGGGGUUAAACACUCACCUUUCUCCAGCGCCGGCGCUGGGGACUCUCCUCAGCCUUUGGCUGUCAUCGGCUGAAUGCGCAUGAAUGCUUUCCUAUGGACGCUGGCGUUUUCUCACUGAAAAAUCAGUGAGAAGUGCGGAAGCGCAUCUAGCGACUGUCAAUGAGACAGCCACUAGAGGCUGGAUUAACCCUCAAUGUAAACAUAGUAGUUUCUCUGAAACUGAUAUGUUUACAGCAGGCAGGGUUAACCCUAGAGGGAUCUGGCACCCAGACCACUUCAUUGAGCUGAAUUGGUCUGGGUGCCUAUAGAGGUUCUUUAAGGGUUAGCGUAAUGUCUCCUUUUACAUGUUCUGAAAAUGCUGAUUUCAAGAACAAUUUGCACGCUUUCACCUGUGAGACAGUAGAGAGCUGCUCUUCCUUAUAGCUUUGUGUAGACAACAAGCAGAAGGCAAUACUUAUCCCAGGGAAGCAUUUGGUUCAAUACAUUUUAUAGAGGUAAUGCUUGGCGUGUAUACUCCCUGCCACUGGGCUAGAAGUCAAACUUCUAUUUUACAGGUAUGGUUGGGUGACUGCCUAGGGAAUUAAAUAACACUCCUGCAUUUUAAAUCAGUAUUUUCUUUUAAUGAGAUAAUACUGUUGGAAUAGUUAGUCAAACAUAGUAAAGUGCCCCCACCAUUUUAUCAUCAUGUUUUAACCAAAAAAUAUACUUGUCUUUUUAGCAUUAAUAACAAAUUGCACAAGAAAACAAUAUAUUUAGAUGACAAAAGCAUUUAAGUCACAUUAACAUCCAUUUUUCUUUUCUUUCUACCCCGAGAAUAGACACAUGUGUAAUCAAACAAAGAUAACUAAAUUAUGGUAUUGGGGAAAAUAUAUAUUUUUGCAAUAUAUGUAUAUAUAAACACAUUGAACAUUUGAAAGGUUUUAUAUAUGUAGCUGUUGAUCUGCUUAGUUACGUUUUUCUAUAGAUUAGAAUGCCGAGAAAAUUCACGCUUUUUUAAAAUUAAAUCUUUUUUUCUAUGAGCUUCCUUCUCAUGUCAAGUGCUAUUCCCUGCAUUUGUGGCAUGCAGUAUGUAUCUAAAUCUCAAUGUCACAUUGUGUGUAAGCCUGAGCUGCACCUACUCACACAUGCUUUGGGACUUUUAGUAAAAAAAAAAAAAACACUCUGUGCAUGGUAUAAAAAGGCCACUGUUUUUUUCAUAUAUAUUUUUUUUCUUUCUGUAUUAAAAAAAAAAAUUUAAAAAAAUUCAAACACUCAGUAAAGAAGAAGCUAAAACCAAUUUUAAUUUAAUGGCAGAAUUGGUUAGUCUCAAUCUCCCUAAUACAACCUAUUUUUGUUCCUAAAGAGAUUAAGGGAUUUACCUCUACACACAAAUGUGCAGCUGGAGAAGCUUAAUAAAAUGCGAAAUGCUAUAGCUGUGCAUCUUGUAUUUAUCUGGUACUUGCAUAAAUUCUGAAUGAUUUCCAACACGUUUACUUUAUCCUUGUAACGUCCACUGUGGUCAUCACCAUCUUGGUCGUAAAGAUGUUUUAUUGAACAUGUUAGUUAGAAUUGGCAAGUGCCAUCUUUAAUUGUCCAGUUAUACAUUUUGAAGCUGACCUGUACUAAAAGUGUGUAUGUAUGUGUACACUUCAUGGUAGUCUUACCAGAAUAAUCUGGCAGCAAAAAUGUAUAGGUUAAAAAUCUGUGCAGCUUUGGCUUUAUCGCCAAAUAUUGUUAAAAAGGUAAGAAAAUGAAAUACAGGAAUACAAUGUAUGUAUUUUUGCAAGCAUUUUAACUAGCACAAAAACUACGGAUUGUGAAGGAGUAAAAUGUCCUUUGUACUCAUGAAAUAAUCUGCGUUGCCUAGUACCACCAACAAUUUCCAAUGCAGAAUAUUCCUUAAUUAAUUAAUUUGUAAGCUGAACCUGUAUUUGUUGUUUACACCAUAGUUGUAUCCGUCUUGGUUAAUUUUGCAUGUUUAGUACUUCACUCUUAACCCUUUAGUGUUUAUGCUGGGUGAAAAAACUCAACUGUGGUGUUCAAAAGGUUAAAUAACUGCAGAUGAGAUUAGGGCAUGUAAGUGAACAUUGGUGCUACCUUGUGAAAAGUUGUACGGAUGACGACAAUACAUAAUCUAGAGUGGUGAUGGCCAACAAAUAUAUUUUAACUUUUCACCUCAAACCUGCUUUUUUACUACAGUAUUGAUUCCUUAUCUGUGUUUUUUUUUCCCCUUCAUUUCUGAUCUAUUUCUAUUUAAAACAGAACAAGUUGGGGGGCCAUUUUGUUUUUGUUCUCUCUACACUUGACAAUAUUGACAAAGAGUUAAUUGACAAAGGAAGUGGAGUUUGCUUUAAGCGUCACCCAUUGACGUGAUUGUCAAGUGUAGGAAAAUGCAUAUGACAAAGCAUCCCUUACUUUUUGUUUUAGAGGGAGAGAGAUCAGAAAUUAAGAAAAGAUUCUAAUAGAGUAAGAAUAAAGAAGAGAAAGGGAAGUCUGAGGUGACAGAAAUCACCAUGGCUAUGAACACUUUUUUUUAUGAAUUUACAGUGAAACAAAUUAAAAUUUUCAUCCUCAUGUGCCUUUCAAUUACCCUUUUAGAAAUUGCAGGCUAUUUUAAAGAAAAGAAAGUUGUUUUUAAAUAUGUAUGUGUGUGUGUGUGUGUAUGUAUGUAUAUAUUUAUUUUUAUGUAUUUUUUUUUUUUCUUCCCUUUGUAGCUAAAACUUACCUGUGCCUUGCAGUCCUGAAUAGCACAUUGUGUGUUAUUUUCUUGCAUGUACGCAAUACUCCUUUAAACUCUCCAUUAAACACACCACGCUUGAAAAAGAGCCUGAGUAUGGAGAUACAGCCGGAAGAUACUUUGGAGAAAGUGAUGUCUCCAAUGCAUUAUGCCCGCUCUGGUUUGGGAACAGCGGAGUUAAAUCGCAAGCUAAUAGCAGCAGGUAAGGCUACUAAAAUGUUUUGCUUGCACUGAGGUUGUGAUGCAGCCUUUAGCACAAUACUAUUUUGAGGCCUUGCCCGUGUUAAAAAUAUCCUUAUUUAUAAAACUGGAUUCUUUGAAAACUAAAAAAAGUAAAAAAAUUAAUGGGCUCCUGAAAAUGAGGUUGGUAACUUCUAAUACAGCAGAGCACUCAAUUUCACUCCACACUGCCCCUAUACUGAUGAUAUUCCAGCUAAUCCAACGUUACUCCUAGAGAAGCAUUGUCAGGCAGGGUGCGUGUGUGGCAAUUUAUUGUGACCAGUAAAUACAACGGUUUUGUCUAUGCACAAAUGCCUCAGUUGCGUUUCAUUGAUAUAAAGGGCUUGGCACCUGAAAGGAAUUGGCAUUUGUGGGUGACUUAUACACUCUUGUAAAUUCCUCUUUGCAUAUCGGAGCUGUUUUACAUUAUCUGUUGUUCACUACGUUGUUCGUUAUACCUGAUGUUAAUCAUUCCUUUUAUGCUUCAAUUAGUGUGUCAAACCUAAGAGGAUUCACAUUGCUAUAGAGUACAAGUAAACCUUUUGAUAAAAAUUAUCAACAAUACCAUGUUAAGUAAAGUAAACCUGUUGGUAAUAUUUGUGCAUUACAAAUAAAGACUUUGUGAUAGUUUAAGUGUAUUCUUAUUUAUUUUAAUUUAUCCAUGUUCUCUUUACGUUCUCAGGUGGUUAUAACAGAGAAGAGUGUUUACGCACAGUUGAAUGUUAUGAUCCAGAAACAGACACCUGGACGUUUUUAUCGCCCAUGAAAAUACCAAGAGCAAGAUUCCAGAUGGCUGUUGUGAUGGUAAACCUGUGUGGAGAAAUUAUAUUUGACUGGCGCUGCAGUCUCUACAUUUAUUUGUAAAAUAUUUAAGCUAUUGACCUUGCUUGAGAGACCUCAAAAUUAUAGUCCAUUCUAACUUUAAACUUUGUAUGGCUAAAAUAAACAAACAGAAAGGGAGCUGCUAGCAGGAGGUUCCAUCUUUUAAGGGUAAGUUUGUUUUGUUUUUUAGAGCUGAAUAUAGGAAAGACCCUUUCUCGGGGACCGCCAAAAAAGGCAGCAUCAACCUAAAAAUUUAAUUAAAAUCAAAUGCCUUUAUUUCUUUAUAGCAAAAUGGCAACAUCAAAGAGCACAGGACCACUUUGUCUGACUAAUGCAUUUUGUGCGGUGUGCACUGCAUCGGCGACUUUUGAUGAAGUGCACUUAUAUAGAAACAAAAUGACUAUAGAAUAAAUGGACCCUCUCAGUACCAAAACAACUUUAGCUGAAUUAAGUGGCUUUGGUGUAUAGAUCAUGCAGCUGCAGUCUCGCUGCUCAGUUCUCUGCCAUUUAGUAGUUGUAUCACUUUGUUUAUGCAGCCACACCUUGCUGUCCCACUACACACUUACUGAAAGAUUUUUUUUACUUAUUGCAGUGUGUUCAAAAUUAGAAUAUAUUUCCUGUUCUUUUAAAAGGCUGCUAGUGUUUACAGCAGCAUCUUGAAUGUGAAAUUUAACAAAACAGUAGAUGAUAACUUCUAAAGAAAACACUGCGUUGUUGCAUGUGAUUUGAAAAUGAAAAGAAAACUGCAUGGAGGUUGUGUGAGUCACAGCAAAUUGGGCUGUUGCUACAGCUGCUUAAACAAUCAAAAAUUAAAUGACCAAAACUGCAUCAUUAAAGGACCACUACAGUGCAAGGAAAACAAACUUGUUUUCCUGGCUCUAUAGGGUCUUUGGGUCCACCCCCACCCUCUGGAUCCCCCUGCCGCCGGGCUAAAGAUGAAGGAAGGGGUUAAAUUCUUACCUUUCUCUAGCUCCGGGCUCCUUCUGCACUGGGGACUCUCCUCCAUCUUUUGACGUCAUCCGCUGCAUGCGCGGCAAAAGCUGCGUGCGCAGUCAGUCCAUAGGAAAGCACUUUUCAAUGCUUUCCUAUGGACGCUGGUGUCUUCUCUCUGUGAAAAUCUCAGUGAGAAGCGCGGAAGCGCCUCUAGUGGCUGUCAAUGAGACAGCCACUAGAGGCUGGAUUAACCCUAAUGUAAACCUAGCAGUUUCUCUGAAACUGCUAUGAUUACAGCAGGCAGGGUUAACCCUAGAUGGACCUGGCACCCAGACCACUUCAUUGAGCUGAAGUGGUCUGGGUGCCUAUAGUGGUCCUUUAAGCUGAAUAUGUUUUUGGUGAUUAGUGUCUCUUCAAUAGCUACUGACCCUAUAGAUUUAUCUGUUCAGAAUAAAUGGAAUGGCUUCUUGACUUGAUCAAAUCUGCAACGUCACAAGCAGACCAGGCAGCUAUAGUGUAGUUAAGUACACUACUGCAGCACAGUCAAGGAGUAUACAGCAAGUCAUUGCUGCACCUGAGAAUUCCCAAGAUGUUGUCAUUUGCUGAAGCAUGACUGCUUAUAUUAAUGAACAUAUUCCUGUAAUACUUCUAACUGCCAAUGAUAUUAUAUAUUUAUAUAGUUUUGCUUGUUUUUUUUCCCCUCCUUUUCGUAGGGUCAGUUAUAUGUUGUUGGAGGAUCUAAUGGGCAGUCAGAUGAUCUCAGCUGUGGAGAAAAAUUUGAUUUUAAAACUAACAUGUGGACUCCUGUUCCUGAACUCAGAACAAACAGAUGUAAUGCAGGUAGAUGAACAAUAUUAUGGUAUCAAACUCCAAACCUCCUCAUAUUUAAAACCCAGUGAUCGAAGUUAGAGACACUACAAGCUGGAAGUGACCCAUUAUUUUUAUAAUGCAUUACGAAAUAUGCAAAGCUAGUUAAUGCUAAAUUGUUUUGUGAAUAUCCCCUCACAUUACAUCCCCAUUAGGCUUGAUAGUUUGCUGAUUUUCAUGAUUUAACUUUGCAUAUCAGGAGCCUCUCAUUCUUGUCUAGGGAGUUUGAACUUUUGGACGUGUAGGAGGAGAGAUUGACCAGCUCUCUGGUUGAUAGUAUAUGUACUUGGGUUACCUUCUUUCUAUUAUAAGAGCUGUUAGCUGAACUAAAACGUCUAGAAAGUUUUGCUGUGCUUCCUAGGUGUCUCGUAGAACUGUUGUAGGACUAACUGCAGGUUUUUAGACCAAAAUAGCAGAUUUGAAAAGUAACUGGGAAAUUUUCAGCCUUAAAUGUUCAGUCUUUUUGUAAUUCCUGGCUUAAGGGAAAAACCUAAUUAUAUUUUUAUUGGUGACAUUCUAAAAUGCUUGCGUGAAUGUUAAUUCUUACUAUUUAUUGCUUGGUGAAAGUCUUUAGUGUGUGUAUGUAUGUAUGUAUUUUUUUUUUUUUUUACCCCAUCUUAUUCAAUUACAAGAAAUAUAUUGAAUAUCUUGGAAGGUUGCUUUUGUUCCAGGCUCGCUGAUCUACAGAGAGCUAGAAAUGUAUAAUACAAGUGGUUACCCCCACACUGAAACACUUAAAGUGCUUGACUCAUCUAAACUUACAUUAGUGACCAGGUGAAAAUGAUUAAUCUUGUUGCAUAGUUUAAAACUUUCAUGGAAUGAAAAAUGGACUGUGCUACUUUAAAGAUAUUUAAUGUUGCUGGUGUGCAUAGUAUUCAUUGACACAUCCUUUUCCUCUUGUGUUUUUUUUUUUUUUUUUGUAGGAGUAUGUGCAUUAAAUGGCAAGUUGUAUAUUAUUGGAGGCUCUGACCCCUACGGUCAAAAAGGUCUUAAAAACAGUGAUGUAUUUGAACCAGUAACAAGGACGUGGACAAGUUGUGCCCAGCUAAAUAUUCGUAAGUACCUGUUACCACAAUCCCUAACCUUCUUGGUUCUGGAGUCCAUUGAGUGCCUAUUAUAUAACCCUUUAUUCCAUCUCAAUCUUCCAGGGCGACACCAGUCAGCAGUUUGUGAACUUGGCAAUUACAUGUAUAUCAUUGGAGGAGCAGAAUCCUGGAAUUGCCUCAAUUCCGUGGAGCGGUAUAAUCCUGAAAAUGACACCUGGACCUUGGUAGCACCUAUGAAUGUCGCCCGACGUGGAGCAGGAGUUGCAGUUUAUGAUGGUAAGUUGUCCAUGUGGCCUAAAAGAUAACUAUCUCCUCCCCCACGCUACAAUUCCCUGGAGACUUUGGUGCUCAAGUAUCAUGAAAUGUACCUUUUUAGCAGGGGAGUGUCUGGCUUCUUGAUCACACUUGCUGUAGAUCUGUACAGAAGGUGUUUUUUUUUUUUUUUUUAAACAUUUUUUUAUUUUUUUUGUGUGUGUUUGCUCUUUGAAUUAAGACGCUGGAUAAUUUUAUUGAAUUAAAAAAAAAUUUAAAUUUUCUAAUCCUUUCUAUACAGAGUUAUAUGUACUUUUCCUGUUUAACCAAUUUUCAAGCUAUUCGAUCUGUCUAAUCUAACCUCUAAAAUGUGACUUCUUACAAAUCUAUAAUAUGUACAGGUGUAAUUCGUGCAGUUUGUAUCACUGCUUAAAGUGGCACUGUCACGCCAUACUCUCCUUUCUCAUGUUAUUUCUCUUAGAAUAUUUUCUUUCUGAUCUAGUUUUCUUUAAAAACUAUAACAAAAUUUGGACUAUUUUGUCUAUGUAUUUUUCCUACACUGGGCUUUUUUUGACCAAAGGUGAAACUUAAGUCUGCUCGAUUUUUCCUGUGUAGAGGAGAAGGGUGAGUACUUUCUCUGACACAUGAAAGGGAGCUUGCUUAAACUCUUAAUUUGGUCAACAAAAAGGUCAGAGUAAGAAAAAUACAAAAGGCAAAGUAGUCCCUAAUUUAAAAACAAAUUUUUUUUAAUGUUUUAAAGAAAACUAGAUCAGAAAAGAGAGAAUGUGAGAAAGUGGUUGACGUGGCAUUGCCACGUAUUAAAUACCACCAAUUAUUAAAACCAGUCAAAAUUUGUCAUUAAAGAUGUAACACUUUGUCUUGUUUCCAACAGGAAAGCUGUUUGUAGUGGGUGGAUUUGACGGUUCUCGUGCUCUAAACUGCGUUGAAACAUACAAUCCAGCCAAAAAUGAAUGGAAAAUGAUCGGAAGCAUGACAUCGUCAAGGAGUAAUGCCGGUGUUGUGGCAGUGGGAGACAGCAUAUUUGCCGUUGGUGGUUUUGAUGGAAAUGAAUUCUUAAACACAAUUGAGGUCUACAAUCCUGUGUCAAAUGAGUGGAGCCCAUUUACUAAAACUUGCAAAUUGUAGCUAAAGCCUUUUGUUUUGUCUUUUUAUUUUUGUCCCAUCCCCCUUAAUGAAUUCUUGGCGUGUAUAAUCAGCUUGUGCUGAAAUUACUGUUUGCUGCACCAGCAACGCAGAUCUUUUUGCAUACUGUAUAUUUUUGAGAUGUUGUAAAUAAUUUUUCUUGUUUCAGUAACUUUGUAGCAAAGUCCUUGAGGUAUUCUAUUAAAUAUUGCAAUCUUCACCAAAUACCACUCAGUAAUGUAGAUGAUUCAGAUUGAUCAUGUUUCACUUCAACAAUUGAUCAAUUCCAAAACAUUUAAACGUAUUUUUUACCUGUAUGGAAGUGGUAUUUGUGAGUCCUUUUUCCGGUAAAUAAAAUGUUUUCAGAGCCUUAUUGGUGUUAAAAUACGGUAACUUCUUUUUAUUAUUUAAAAAACAAAAAGUGCAUAUAUGCCAAAACCAUGAAAACUUUCAGAUUGCCUUUUUAGUACAAUUUUUUUAUAAAACCCUUAUAUUGGCAAACACCUUAUUGGCAUUUAAUAAGAUAUGCUGUAUGUCUCCUGAAGACCUUCAUCAAAAUGUAUAAUCCUUUUUCAUCUCAUGAUUCAAAUGAACUGUAUUCAUUAUGUUUGAUUAAUGGAAGUCAAACAACUAUAAGUUCUUAUUAACAUCUUUACGCUUAUUUUAAAAAGCAGUGAAAUUUGUGUCUGGUCUUUCACGUAUAUGUCUGUUAAUGUAACACUGCAAGUGGUCAUGAACAGCAGUUAAUUAUUUAGUCAUUUAGAUCGUAGAACUGCAAAUUCACAUUUUGAGUGACUUAUUUUGUCUUGAGAAGCCAGGCAUUUUCUUUGUGCGCUGUAAGUUGAUACCAGAAUCAAAUGUUUUAACAUUUUAAACCAUCAAUAAAUAGUUGGAUUUUUUUUUUUAAUCGCUAUUCUUAAAUAAAAUUUGUAAGCACAAUUCCUAAAUAAAAUUGGCUGAUCACAAACUAC